UCCGCCGCCGGCCACUGCUACCGAUAAGUUUUACUCUUGAUUUUUAAUAUAGCGAACGUAGUCGCUAAAUGUACUUUGUCGCGCAUAUAAGUCAUAAUUAAAUCUUAAACUUGUAUUGAAAAUAUAGUAAACAACCUUUCACAAAAACGAUGAAGCAAGCUUCAUUGGUUAUAGCUUGUAUGCUCCUUUGGACAUCACAUGUUGGAGCUCAAACUAAGACCUCUAACUCUUCGGCAGCAACAACAACAACACCCAAACCAAAAAUCGACUACGAAGCAGUGGCCUUAGAAUUAGUCGAACAUGCCAAUCUCUACAUGAAUGAACAUUAUUCCAAGCUUCGUAGUAUUUUCCUUAACUCAGCGAAAAAGUUCCAUCAUCUAAAUCUUCCUUCAACACAAAAUAACGAUAUCCAAAGUAGUUAUCGAGCAUUUUCCAAUCAAUUAGCAUUCAAUUUGAGUAUAAUUCCGUUGGCUGAAAUCAAGAAUGACAUCCUCCGAAGACAGGUUAAGAUUCUUGGGAAGCUUCAGUUGAAUGGUCUAGAGCACGAGGAUUAUGAGAGAUCAAUGAAUAUUGUGAGAGCAAUGCUGGGGUUAGGGACGGCGAAAAAUGUCUGCCACUAUCGUACGGGAGCAAAUGUCUGCAAUCACAUUGCAUACAUGCCACAAAUUCAUGAUAUCGUCUCGAAGACUCGGAUUCUGGAUGAAUUGAACUACUAUUGGACGAAUUGGCGGAAUGAAAUUGGAGUCGAAGGUCGGGCGAGAUUUGUGGAGUUUGUGCAUUAUUUUAGAAAAGCAGCUGCUUACAAUGGACACGUAUCACCUUCCAAAACCUGGUAUCUUUAUUACGAGGAGGAUGACCUUCUGAAAGAGCUCGAAGGAGCUAUGUGGGAUAUUAUGCCACUCUAUGAAGAGAUGCAUGCUUUCAUAAGGAAUGUUCUGCGAAACCAAUAUGGUCAAAAUAUUAUGGCCGAUGACAGCCCAAUUCCGCAUAACCUUAUGGAACAAGUACUGCAACAUGCUUGGAAGGCUAAGAGUAUUUUUAGUCCACCUUUUCCGGAAAGAAAACUUCCAGACAUAAAGCACAAGAUGGAUCAAGAGAUUUUCACGGCAAAGAAAAUCAACGAAUUGGCCUCACAUUUCUUCGAGUCACUGGGAUUGAAUAAUUUUUCACCACAUUUCUGGGAUACUUAUGCUCGAAAAAUGUCCGACGAAGAAGCCGGAGACGAUUGUAAAGCUGUUGUCUUCUAUUUUCCACCUGACGUUGGUCUUCGAUACUGUCCCAAAGUUGAUUUUAAGAAGUUCCUUCAAAUGCACGGCCAUAUGAGUGAGCUGCAAUAUAAUUUGUACAAGGCUCAUCUUCCGAUAGGUCUUGAUCGGGAAGCUUGUCCUGGGUUUGGAAGUGCUAUUGGAGAAUCUGCCAUUGUGUCAGCUGGAAGCCCAAGACAUUUGGAUAGAAUCAAACUUAUUGAAAAUUACACUCUAGACAAUGAGCUUACUAUGAAUCGAUUAUUUCGUUUGGGUGUCCAUACUCUCAUAUCAAUUCCAAUGUACUUUACUAAUGAGAAAUUUAUUGUGGACUCACUUGAAUCUCGGAUUCAACCGGAUGACUUGAAUUGUGGUUAUUGGAGUAUUCAAGCUAAAUACGCUGGCCUUGCGCCACCAGAGGAACGCAGUGAAGAUCAUUUUGAUCCUAGCUAUUCCCUGUAUAAGGGUUUGCACCCUUUGAAGCAGAAUACUGUAAAACUCGUUUCUGAAAUUCUUGGAUAUCAAUUCUAUAAGGGACUUUGUAUAGCUUCUAAACAGUACAUUCCUGGAGAUCCUAGUCGUCCACUACACAAUUGUGAUUAUUAUGAACAGGAAGAGGCGGGAAAAAUUUUGAAAAAUCUAAUGAAAUUGGGUUCGACUAAGCACUGGAGAGACGCAAUGGAACUGGUGACGAAUGAGAGAAAAUUGAAUGGCAAAGCCAUUAUGGAAUAUUAUGAACCCUUGUAUCAUUGGCUUAAGGAAAAAAAUAAGCAAAAUGGUGUACAAGUUGGUUGGGAUGCGAGUGCGACAAACUGCCAAAGCAAAAAUUAAAAACAAUAUAAAUUUAAGUUUAAAGAUGUUAUGGAAUUUGGUGAAAUUGUUAAGCCGUUAAAAAAUAACACAAAAUGGAUGGAAAAUCAACGUUUUUGAGAAAUAAAAUGUAUUCCUUCAUCAAAAAAAAAUUGUGAUUUUUUUGAAAAUAUAAAAACUGAAUAAAAUAACUUGCGGAUUAGACUUUU